GUGGAUGGCAGACUCAUGAUUCAUCAAGUACUACGGUUUCUAGUUCCAGCUCUUGUGGUUACUUGCGUAUGCACACUUCUAUUGUUUCCGGCCCAUAACGACAGCGCUGAAAAUGGGCUGGCUCUUCAGAGUCUGCUCAAGGAACAGUUGGAAACAAUUCCAGCAGGCUGGAGUUACCACGCACCAGCACCACCAGACCAUCAGAUUGAGUUGCGCAUUGGACUCAGCAAGCCAGACACCCACGACAAGCUUGAAGCACAGCUGCUGCAAACGAGCAGCCCGACACAUGAUCAGUACAGGCAGCACCUAUCGAAAGAAGAAGUUGACAAGCACUCUCGGCCAUCUUCACAAGCAGUUUAUUCAGUCAAUCGCUGGCUUGAUCGACAUGGACUGAAAUCAAACAACCUGCGGGCUGGCCAUGAAGGCAUAAUCAAAUUGCGGCUUCCUGUGCAUCAAGCAGAAAACCUACUCGCCGUCAAAUUUGGCAUUUACAGCAAUUCGGCUGGCAAACGGAUCAUUCGCACUACUGAGUACUCGCUGCCGUCGUUUGUUCACAGCCAUAUUGCAUUCAUUCAGCCGACCACGCACUUUGGGACGCCCAGAGCACUUUCUCGCCGACGUGGUUCUGAACCAACCUUCUUUGACCGACACGAUGGCGAUGGUCUUGUUGACCUGCACUGCGACAACUUCAUCACCCCGCGAUGUCUCCUCGACAUGUACAACAUUACUGGUCAAGUAAAGGAAAUUUCCAACAAGUCGCGCUUCGCUGUCGUGGGUUUCCUUGACGAAUCUGCAAACAAGCACGAUGCGGAUCUCUUUAUGAACAGAUUUGUGCCGGAGAUGCGUUCAGAGAUUGCAUUGUCUGCCAACGACUCUUUCCAUGUGACUACUUUGCAUCGCGGCAGCGAUGAUCAGUCUGCGGACAGUGGCACGGGCGAAGCGAAUUUGGAUGUCCAGUAUGCUUUGUCCUUGGCACAAAGGAUUCCAGUCAACUUCAUCUCUGUUGGAGGCAGAAGGCAAAUGGCUCCAGAUGAGACAGCGCCGCCGAUUGCAGAUGAAGAUGAGCCUUGGCUUGAGCUCAUCGCUCAUCUCGAAUCCUUACCAAAUGACAAGCUACCCCAGACCAUGUCCAUCUCGUAUGGUGACUACGAGAAGGAUAUCCCACGGCCCUACAUGGUCGCUGUGUGCGAUGGCUUCAUGCGUCUCGCACUUCGCGGUAUGAGCAUUCUCAUCUCUUCUGGUGACGAUGGCGUCGGUGAUUCAAGGACUUGUGGCAACGACACAAUGCCUCACUUUGUGCCUGAGUUUCCAGCGAGUUGCCCGUUCGUCACGACUGUGGGAGCCACGACCAAGCUGGACGAGGUGGCUGCUGCUCUCUCAGGAGGCGGCUUCUCCAACCAUUUUGAAAGGCCGCUCUACCAAGAUGAAGCAGUACAAUCUUACCUCUUCAAGCUCUCAGGAAAGCAUGCCACAUCUUUUAAUCGCUCAGGCAGGGCCUUCCCGGAUGUAGCGGCGCAGGGAGUCAACUACAUGAUUUACUUGAAGGGCAAACAUGCCAUGACGAGUGGGACGUCUGCCUCUGCACCCACGUUUGCUGCAGUGAUUGCACUCGUGAACAACAACCUCAUGGUCAAUGGACGGCCUCCGCUUGGCUUCCUCAAUCCAUUCUUGUACGGCGCGGGACGGACUGGUUUGCGCGAUAUCACAGCUGGGCGCAAUCCUGGGUGUGGCACAGAUGGGUUCGGGAGUGUGACUGGUUGGGAUCCUGUGACGGGCCUUGGAACGCCUGACUUUGGUGCACUAUUGCAGUUGAGCAUGGAAAAUUAAGUAGCAGAUUGAUGUGUAGGACUAAUCCCAUGGCCUGGGGCACAGCUAGCUUCUCGAAUCUGACAGUCGACAUCUUCGGUGAGAUGCAUAGCUAGGAGAUAGAUAGACACAGAGCAGCUUGAGCAGGCACAGAAGAUCUCGUUGCUUCAAGUCGCGAAAAGUCUAAAUUUGAUCUCCGCAGAAAUCAACAAAGAGCCGAAGCCUCAGACCGCAUCUCCGUGACCUGCGCUCAAGACACCUCCUGUUAGAACACGCCCUGUCUCCUGAGGGCGCUUUAUCGUUCGCUCUUCAUCACACUCGCUCUGGAAAGCAAGCGCGCAUCAGUGCUGGUCUCUGCAUCGACACUCUCGACUCGGCAUGCGAGCGUUCUGGAGGCGCGUGUGCUUCUUGUCAUUUCUCGCACUCUCUCCUGUCGACGCAGCAGGCUGUAACGGUGAUGCAACGUAU